CCCUCUCUUCUCCCCAUCUCCAUCAAAUUCAAUUCGGUUUGAAUUCAAUUCCUCUAACAAUUUAAUUUUCGACGAUCCCUUCCCUAAAAGUUCCCACACCCAUGCCUCGUCAAAUUCAAUUCAGUUCCUAGAUAAUCAUCACUAAAUGCAUUUCUUCCCCAAAGCAGACGCCGCGCUCCUCUCCUCAACAAUCGAUAAACACUCUCUCCCUCCGCGUCCAAAGGCGAUCGGCCCCAUUUUCGAUGCCAACAACUUCAAGGCCCCGAUAGAGCCGUGGACUUCCGACGUCGAUUCGUCCUUCUACCCUCCGAAACCAGAUCCGUUCGGUCCGUCGUCGAUACCGCCGGAAGCGCAUUGUGCGUCGUCUUCGAAAUAUGUGCGGUCGCGUUUGGCAAAGAAUGAAAGGCUGAGGCUGUCUAUGCUAUGGUAUUAUGCGAGGGAUUUAGACAACGAGCCUGAACUCCUUGCGGGACUGCAGGAGAAGGCGUGUCUUGCUCAAGAGUCGUCGGGCUGGGAGUAUGCUGUUGUUGGUGUGCUGGAUGUCAAUGUUUACAUUCGUCUGGCCACGGUAGGCCUUCAACUCGCUAUUCUUCCCCGUGGUGAAACCCUCUGCGCACAUACCGUGACUCAACCACCUGGAAAUGUCUUCCUCUUGCCAAACAUGCUCCAGGACUGGAGAUUUCGCGAGUCGCCAUACGUUGAACACGGUGGACUCGUCGCAUAUGCUGGUGUCCCGCUCCGAAUGCAACACGAGUCGGGUGAAUGUGUCGGACUCGGUUCGUUGUGCGUAGCGUCAGCGACGGGUCGAGAUCCGUUAUCCAAGACACAACAGCUUGCACUAGCUCGAUUAGCCGACUGGAUCGUUCACGAUAUAAUACAAUGUGCACGAGCACGACGCCAACGUGAACGUCACCGAUUUGUUGAGCUUAUCGCAGCCGUUCAACAAGAGCCUGACGGCGACGAUAUCCAAGAACCUAUCCUCCGGAUCCUUCGACAAGCCUUCCCCGACGAGUCAAUAAGUCUGCAGUCUACGGGCACCGACCAAUCGACGGUCCCGUACCCCGCGACGACAUCAGAUUUGAAGCAUGGAUUGUGGGAGGAUGACGAAUACAUCGAGGACUUUAUCGCGAACUCCAAUUUCGACGAGCCACCUAAAGAUCGAGUAGUACGCUUCAUCUCAGCACAAUGCGAAACGAAACUCGGCCCCUCGGUCCUCGUCGUUGCGACAAAGGAUUUCCGCAGAAUAUUUGACGAUGUCGACUCUUGGUUUGUGCACACCUGCGCUACCAUGCUCACCCAACGAUGGCAGAAACGUCUCCUUACAGAAGUCAUGCGAGCGAAAGAGAAAUUCCUUCGCGGCGUAUCGCACCAGCUCCGAACCCCGAUUCACGGCAUCCUCGGCGCCGCAGAACUAUUGACGGAAGAUCUAAGGGCAUUGACAGUGCCUGGAAGUUCGACGUUGCGGCCUGGCGUGGAGGCGAUAAUGAAGCCGCUUGCUGAGCUGGGGAAGUCGUCCAUCUACCUCGAUACAAUAUCUACUGCGGGCAGAGAGCUCAUGUCGACUGUCAACAGCAUGAUCACUCUAAACCGCUGGGCUGAUAUCGCUGCGGCCGAACGACAAUACGCUACGCAUGGCAUCGAGUCUCUGGAGACAGCGCUCGUCAAGGCAUUGGCCGACUUCACCUUUAGGGACACGCGUACACGAGCCCCCGUCUUCUUCCAUCACAACCUCACACCAGACUCCGAAGGCCUUCGAAUCGACAUCAACCUCUUCCGAGACAGUAUCCUUCCGCUCAUCGUAAACGCUGUACAGAACACGACCAAAGGAGUAGUCACCGUCACACAAUCCUAUACACAAGACACAAAGACGCUCGUGGUGGAUGUUGAAGAUACUGGCUGCGGCAUUCCUCCUGAAGAUCAAGGUCGCAUCUUUGAUCUAUACGAGAAAGUUGGCGAGCACUCAACCGGCGCUGGACUUGGCUUGACACUCGCGACCAAGUUUUCUGCACUGCUUCACGGUUCGAUCGAAUUGGUGUCGUCAGAGGUUAAUCGCGGUUCUCACUUCCGCGCGACGUUCCGCGACAUUCGUCCCUCGGGUUCUCCUCCCACCGAAAUAACAACCUUGCAACUCAAGCACUUGCCGUUGAGCUACCGACAUCUGCCAUCCGAUCCCCCCGACCUGCAGCUAUCCUCGAACCUAGCGAAAUACCUGGCCCGAAAUGGUUUCUCCUCAUCGAAUGACCCACAAGAUUGUCUCAAUAUCAUUGACUAUAUACGCGAUCCGACCGAACGAGAGAAAUAUCACUCAAUACUACCGAAGGGACAGGUCGCUGUUUGUCUAGUGCCCAACUCGGAUGAACGAGACGUUCCCGAAUCAUGUACCAACAUCGUCUUCGUCAACGGACCUUUCUCGUCGUCGGCGAUUGACUCUGCACUCCAGAAAGCAGAUGAACUACUAGCACGACUACGCAGGUCUACAAGGACAUCCCCACAACCAUCUCCCGCGCCCCUCGAAGAUCCGGAAUCCCUCCUGACACCCCCGGACCCAACAACCGAGAGCGAUCAAAAGUCAACUUCAGACGAAGGCUACGAUUCCGUCACCGGCUCUUCAGUCGCUCUACGAACAACCGAAGCACUUCUAAACGAAUCCGUCGCAAAAGCCGUGUCCCAAAUCGAAGCAGCUACAAUCGACCUCCCCAUCCGCCCCCUCAUCCCACCCACCAACUCAAAACCCAUGACCCUCAUCGUGGACGACAACGCAGUGAACCUGCGCAUCCUAGAAAUGUACUGCAAAAAGCGCGGCCUUCCCUACCUAAGCGCCAUAGACGGGCACCAGGCAGUAGAGCUCUUUAAGAAGCAGCAGACCUCCACACCGAUCGACCUCAUCCUCAUGGAUCUCCAGAUGCCGGUCUGCGAUGGUAUUAGCGCUACGCGGCAGAUCAGAGCGCUGGAGAAGACGGGCAAAUCGGUGUUGUUUAUCGUCACGGGGCAGGAUAGCCAGACGGAUAGGGAGGCGGCGAGUAAGGCGGGUGCGGAUAAUUAUCUCGUCAAGCCGGUGGGGAUACGGAUGCUGGAUAGUAGUCUUAGGAGGUAUUUUCCGGGUCUAGUGACGAGCUAGAAGAGGAGGAGGGACUGGACUUCUGAAGGGGGGAGUUAGGUUAGAACAGUACACGAAUACCCAUGUUUUGUUUCGGUUCGAAGAUGUCCAUUGUCUACGUGGAGUGUUAACGUUGCCGCAAGGUUAUCUUUCCGUGUUGCGAUCAGAGCACAUUGUUAACCAUGCCCUGACUCGAUGGAUAAUUCAUUCCGAAGACAGCUUGAAGAACUCUGUGCAUUGACAUUACUCAAGACAUGUCGGUGUAUAAAGGCCGCGCGGUUGUUCCCCCACCUAUAGCAUCGCAUUCGAGCUCGCGAAGCUCGCGAAAGAAUAAACUUUCGGCCUUACC